UCCCAGGUAGGUACGUAAGAGAGAUAUGAGAGGGGUUACAUGAAUAGAGUGGGCGAAGAUGGCGUCGAAAGAAAGUAGUGUUAUACCUAGCAGAGUGGAGAAAUGUAUGAAUGGAAGACGCGCAUUAAAAUCAAAAGAGGACCCAGUGGCAAUGGACACCAAAGCAGUGUUUGUAGCCCUGUACAGCGUGUGCGAAGAAAAUGCUGCUUUCUUCUCCGGAGGAGCCAAGGGGUCACAGGGUGAGGCGGCACGGCGGCUGGUGGAUGCCAUGACUCUGAUCCAGGAGCACGCACGCAGUCUGGAGCCUGUUUUCUUUGGGAUUGCUGCAGUUUACCAUCAUUUUGACUUUGACCCACACAUACCUGCCAAUGGCUAUCGCUCACUCAUCAAGGUUGUGCGUUGCUGCCUUCUCCACAUCAUCCAUAAGGGGCGCUACAUCACUGCCAACCGGCAUAGAAUCUUUUUCCGAGCAGCACACAAUGCAGGGGAGAUUGAGGCGUACUGCAGUGCCCUGUGUCAGCUGCGUGCCCUGCUCUAUCUGGCUCAGCGCCUGCUACAGGACACCGGCCAUGGUGACCUUUUUUUCCACGAUGAAAGUGGCCUCAGCGAGAGCUUGGUCCAUGAAUACUCAUCCAUGCAUAAGGGGUGCUUCUAUGGCCGUUGCUUGGGCUUUCAGUUCACUCCAGCCAUUCGGCCCUCGCUCCAGACCAUCGCUAUUGGUCUUGUGGCCUUUGGAGAAAACUAUAGACGCCAUCAGUCAGGAAUAGUGGAGGCAGGAGGCAUUGCUCCAUAUGGUGUAGCAGCCAGCUCUUUCUUUACCUCAGGGAAGUAUGUCAUCGACCCAGAACUGAGAGGGGCACAAUUUGAAUGCAUCAUCCAGAAUUUGGAUGUCCAUUUCUGGAAGGCCUUCUGGAAUAUCACUGAAAUUGAGGUCCUGUCGAGUUUCACCAGUAUGACGUCCACUCAGGUUAAGGUGAACCAGAGUUUUUCUGUGCCUCCCAUGCCCUUUGACCUUCCCCUGGCAGCCAACCCUGGAGCAUCUGUGACUAUAGAUCCACCAUCAGCACAUAUCGGCACUGCCCCUGUUCAGAUGAGGCUCAUCUCUUAUGACCUGCAUGAAGGACAGGAUAGUAAGACUCUGUUGUCUCUCUCCUGCUCUGACGGGAGUCCCAUCUCUCUGUCGCUGGGGUUGAAGACCAAGUGCCUUCCCUCUUCUCCCUGCCUGCUGAUCCACUUCCAUGGGGGAGGCUUUGUGGCCCAGACCUCCAAGUCCCAUGAGCCCUAUCUGAAGAGUUGGUCCCAGGACCUUGGCGUUCCCAUCCUGUCAGUGGACUACUCUCUGGCCCCUGAAGCCCCCUUCCCAAGGGCCCUGGAGGAGUGUUUCUAUGCCUAUUGUUGGGCUCUGAGAAACCACCAUCUACUAGGUUGGACCGGAGAAAAAGUGUGUCUAGCUGGUGACAGUGCAGGAGGCAACUUGUGUUUGACCACAUCAAUGCGCGCUGCUGCGUUUGGUGUGCGAAUGCCAGAUGGCAUCAUGGCAGCCUACCCAGCUAUUAUGCUGACUGCCUAUGCUUCACCCUCCCGUCUGCUAGCACUUAUGGAUCCCCUGCUGCCUUUCAGUGUGCUCACCAGGUGUCUGAGCGCCUACGCAGGCAAUGAGCCACAUACUGAGAAGCAGGUAGAGAAAGUGAGCACACUGAGCCUGGUGAGGAGAGACACGGCGCUGCUGCUGCGAGAUUUCCGACAAGGAGCCUCCAACUGGAUCUACUCUCUACUGGAUCCUAACAGAGCCUCGGCCUCCAACAGCAAGGCUACAGAGGCACUACCAGGAGCCACUGAUGCUGUCAGGAAGAGCAUUUCUGAGGCGUUCAUCUCUUCCCCUCACUCAGAUCCUCCUGUACCCUCAGAGCUCCCCAACAGGAAAUUAUCUGUCAAGAGCCAGACUUGCCAGGACUUGGGGUCCCACAGCAUUUCCACUUCACACAGUGCAUCACUGCUCUCUGAGUGCAUUCCAGAAGAGGUGAGUUUCUUCCUCUCCGAAGAAUCAGAGCCCUCCAUGUCCAGUGACCUGUCUUCAAUGGCCAUACCACCCCCUGCUGGAGAGGAGAGAUCAGAGUUUCGUCCCAUAGAGUUUCCCUUUGGGUUUGAGCCACUGCGUUCAGAGCACCUGGCUGACAUGAGGGUGCAGAGCUCUCCAGUGGUCAAGGAUCCUUUCUGCUCUCCUCUGCUGGCACCUGAUAGCAUGCUGAAAGGGCUGCCACCUGUGCAUUUAGUGGCUUGUGCAUUAGACCCCAUGCUGGAUGACUCUGUGAUGCUUGCCAAACGUUUGAGGAAUAUAGACCAGCCUGUCACUCUGCGUAUUGUGGACGACCUCCCCCAUGGAUUCCUCAGCCUAAUGCAGCUUUCAAAGGAGACUAGGGAUGCUGCCAACAUCUGUGCGGAGCUUAUUCGUGAAACCUUCACCCAGAAGGAGACACCACCGGAGACACGCAAGCACCAGAAGCUGAAACGAACCGAUAGGGAUAUGUCAGCCUCUUCUGGGGAAGCCGGUUCUCUCUUCGUUGACCCUAUUGAGGGAGAGGAGCUUGCUGUUGGGAGAGGGACCAAAAUUGCUGAUGGGGAGGGUUUAGUUGCUGUGGCAGCCCAGAGUAACACUGACGCUGGUGGUGUUGGGGCUUAAAUAAAGUUUGAAUUAAAAAAAAAAAAGGACUGCAGUUCACUGAAGAAGUGAAGGAAGGAAGAGUAAAUGAAAGUCUGACAAAUGUAUGCAGUAUAAUGCCUAGAAGGGAGAGAGUCUUCGGGGGGUGGGGGGGUUGCACUCAGAGCUUGCACAGGUUUUGAGAGACAGAAAACAACAGCGACAUGCGGAAAUGUAACUUCUCCAUUUUGCAGUUCUUGCAACUUGUCUGCACACCAUCAAGCAGCAACGCAAAUCUGUCAGACAAAACGAACAUACCCUCAAAAGACAGUCGUGUUGAAGAAUAAAAUGGUAAUUUAGCAGGUACCUAGAUCAAAGACCAGCAUUCACUCACACAUGCACCACACAUACUUAACAGAGUUGCCUUUAGGCAAUAGAGGCUUGGACAAAAAGCAGUGCAAAAGAUUGUUGAGAUGAGGCCCGACUGGGUGAUUCAUCUAGGCCCUAAUUAAAUAGUGGUAGGAACAGUAUAUGCUCCUGUAUAGGGUCAUCCCCAUCAAAAUGGCCACUUGUCCUUUAGGGGAACAAUUCUAAGUCACUCUUAAUAACUCUGCAUUGUGUUCUCCAUUACACCAGUUUGCCAGUCAAUACAGCUCACUUUGUGAAUAGCUGUUGACUCUCUCCCAAAUAGAAUUAUGGCUCUAACACACAACAGACCUAAAGGCUUGAAAAUGGAUGAACUGAUUUACUUGUUUGUUGAGAUUCUGUUGCAGUUUUUAAUCUCAUUAUUAACCCUGUACAGUAGUAUUACUUUUAGUUAUCUUAAUUUUCAGUUGCUAUAGAAUAAUCCCAUGUAUUAUGACAGGUUGGCUUGUUGAUUUGAGCUUUUUGAGCCUUCUUAGUAUUUCUGUUUCUUUAGCCACAGCUGCUCCAGCGUCUCUGGACCUUUCCCCACCUAAACUUGUCCUGCUCUCAGUAAUGUACCCUGAUAGUAUUGAGGAAGUAUAGAAUACAGCACAGGGACACAGUGCCCUAUCUAGAUGCUGCCUUGUGUUUUUUGUGGUGCUGACAUUACUAAUGCAAACAUUGCAUUUUAUUGAUUACUACAGUGAAAUUUGUGAAAAUGCACUGAGAUGCGUUAUUAUUUGUAGACAGGUACAUGUGUGAAAAUGUCCCCCUAUGUACACAUUUUUCAAGAACAAUCAGAACCCCAGACUUUUAGGUCGAUACCAAAAAUGUUUUGGUAUGUUAAGACUGAAAACAGUUGCUUGACAUUCUGCAUCCGCAGAACUGGGAGAAUAGUCUUCAGCUAUCGAUACAUAUCACUGUACUGAUUUCCUCUAAGUUUGUCUCCAUUCCUCUCCAGGCAUUAUUGUUCACGACAUCUUUGCACAGCACACACUGUGUCAAAGUACCACUUCCCUCAAGCAAGGGAAUUUCUUGCCCGAUAACUUGUUUGAAGAAAUGGGUACAGGGGCUUUUGGGCAAACCUCAAGGACCCUCAUCAAGAAAAAUAAACGUUAGGCUGCUGUGUAAAGGCCACUAAACGUGUGUUUGGCAAACUGGAAAUGGUUGGCGGUCCAUAUUUUGCAUUUCCCGCAAUCAUAUUGUGGGGUUGGCUUUGUUUUUGAUGAGCUAAGGAUGCUCCACUGAGCGGGAAUCCCCCAAAGCACUUUGAAGUACACAGAAAUGUCCUUUGGAGUGUCAGUCCCUCUGUCAACUUCUAAAUAUAGACGCCAACAAUGCUGCCACUGUCCUGGGUCCUGUCCUUGCCUUGUAACAGGGCUGGGGUUGCCAGAUCUGUAGAGAAGGAUGGUGUGUGAUGAAUAGAAUUCAGCUUAAGUUCCAAAUGGCCCCCCC